GAGAAUCUUGGCUCGACGUCACUGUUUGUCCAAUUCCCAAAACGGCACCGGAAUCAAGCCGACAACUUCCACCUUCCAGCCACAACCACCACGUUUGUCACACACUCAUGCUGACGUAAAAUAACCCAGUCUACAGCCACCGUCUAUUGUCAGGCGAGAUGAGCUUCGUGCUCGAUCAAGUGCGGCGCAUCGACGCCCAGCUUGAUCGCGUCCAACUUUCCUCCACUUCCUCCGCCGCGCCCUUGGACGUCUCCGCCUCCUCCUCCCCUUCCACACUCAGGGACUCCUUCCGCCAUUCGACGCGAAUUCUAUCCCUCCAAGCUGCUAUUCACGCCCUCUCACCCGGCGUCUCUGAUCGGCGCGCCCUCCUCUCCUCCUACCAGAUUCAAUACUACCUCUCCGCCCUCUCUGCACAACCUGAAGCCUCGCAAUCUACGCAAGCCACCCCACCCGCGGAAAAAGAUGUCUUUGAGACGGAGCUCGAAUGGCUCUUAGCGUCCAAAGCUACAACAUUGGUGUACGGCCUCGCGAUUGAGAUUAUCCUCAAUUCGACAGUUAAAAUCGCCGAUGACCUGUGGUACUGGGAUGAAGUGCUGAGCUCGCAGCGGUACACGGCGCUCUACAGCGCGCAAGUCUCGCCUCUACGGCUGUGGGAUUGGGGCAGUAAAAUCUGGGACGAUGUGAGGGCGAGAGCAGCGGGUGAUCGAGGAGAUUUUGCUUCUGCGGGUCGGGAGGCGGGGAACUCGGUGAGGCAGAGCUGGAGGGAGUUUUAUGGGUUGGUCAGGCAGGUGGUGCGCGAGAGGAGUGUGCAGGAGCUGCAUACGCAGAUUCUCAGUCCGGUGACGCGCAUUCGGAAUGAGGUGCGGGAGAAGCAGAAGGCGUUGAGGAGGAUUCGACUACGGAAUGCGAAUGCGUUGGGCGUGCUUAUUGGAGAGGGGCUGGCGAAUGAGAGUGUGCAUGGGGAUGGACUUGCAAGUCCUGGGGAGAGGGAUGGGAGAGAGAAGUGGAAGAGUGCGGUGGCGAGGACUGUGGUGUUGAUGGAGGCGGUGUUGGCCAAGGCGAAUGAUGUCGAGACGCCAGUGGAGCAGUUUGAUACUGCGAUUGCCCAUUUGACCGAGGACGACCCGUUGUAUGCUGCUGACUCGGAGGACCCGGAUCGUAGCGAUGCGGGUUCGCUGCGGCCGGAAAUCGUGGCAGAGAGGCUGUCGAGAGUGUUGACUCUGGCUUUGCCUCAGUACGACGUGUCUACGAAGGCAUUAGUGCGCCAGCAUGGGAAGCCGUCACGUAUCAUACGCUAUUGGAUUCCCGUCACGGUUGGUAUCCUCUCCUCGAGCACGGUCCUGCGCAUCCUGGUCAACCGGCAGGCGGAGGUGGUCCAAUGGAUACAAGACCUCGGAGCAACCAUCAUCGACUUCUGGCGCAACUGGGUCGUCGAACCCACCCGCAAAGUCAUUGGCACCAUCCGACACGACGAAGGCAGCGAAGUCAGCAUCAUGUCGAAACGCUCGCUGCAAGGCGAUCGCGACAGCCUGGAACGCAUGGUGGUCGACUUUGCCAUUGCGAACCCAGCCGAUGCGACCGACUCGGGCGGCAAACUGACCGAUGUCGAAAUCGCAGACAUCCGCGCCAAAGUGCGUGAAGGCGACCUCACCCCCGUCCUCAGGGCAUACGAGAAAGACCUCUCCUCACCUUUCAUGGGCACCGUACGCGGCAAUCUGAUCCGCGCGCUCCUCAUCCAAGUGCAAAAGACGAAAGUCGACAUCGAAAUCGCAAUGGGCGGCAUCGACGCCCUGCUCAAAUCGCAAGAACUCGUCUUCGGCUUCGUCGGUCUGACGCCCGGAAUCCUCGUGACCUACUUCGUAACCCGCUCCCUUCGCAAUUCCCUCAGCGAGAAGCGCGGCUCCAAAGCGGCCAAGAAGCAGGGCAAAAUGCUCCGCCAGCUGCGCAACAUCGAUCGCAUCCUCGUCGACAGCGCGCCGACGGAUUUCGGGGAGCUGCAUUACAAGGAUCAGGGGCUGCUGCUGUGCGAGGUGCAUGUGCUAAGGCUGGCGGCGGAGAAGGUCAUGCCGACGCAGAUUUUCCGGGAGUUUGGCGAGGAGACGGAGGAGCUGUGUGAUGUGCGGACGGGCAUUGAGAAGCAGAAGAAGGUGGCGGAGAGGAUUCGGUGGGCUUAUGGGAGGUGGUUGGCGUGAUUAUGUGCUAUGGGUGGUGAGAGCAAUAUGGCAGCGCGGCGCUGGGUCACGAUCCCGAUGGAUGGAAUGGGAAAAGCAAUGAGAUACACUCAUAGAUUAUCCCCCUAUUCUAUUUCGUGUUUGAUUUCAGCGAUAG